CGAGGGGUGGUGGCAGGCAUGCCAAGAAAUGCUUAAAGGAUUAUCGAGGUCAAUCUGUUGUUGCCGUAACACGCUGAAAGUUUGUCGCAGAAAAAGCAUUAACUACCAUUGACAAAGAUAAUGGAGGGGUCGGGCACCGGUUCGCCGCAGUCAUCAUUGUGCAUGGUGAAGCCGGCCGAGCUCUUCCCGAAGCCAGCCCUCUUAAAGGAUGAUGAAAAGCUCACCGUCCCGUUUACCGAAUUGGCCGGUGAAGGGGUCCACUAUCUGGGUCAAACGGACGACGGGAUCCUCGCCCUGUCGAACUACAGGCUGUUUCUGCAGAAGAACAGCACCGGCGCGGAGGUGUCGGUUCCGCUCGGACUGAUCGAGUCGACACAGGUGCGCGAUCUGUUUCACCUGAUCGUCAACUGCAAGGAUGCCAGCACCGUCAAAUGUUCAUUUGCCACCUCGGAACAAUGCAGCGAAUGGCACCGUCGGAUAACACUCGCGAUCGGCGUUCCGGAGACACUGGAGUCGCUGUUUGCCUUUCCGUUUCAAGUGUGGGCCUCGGAUUCGGCGGCCCUCAACCAGGACAACGAGUGGGCCGGACGGCUACAGCGCGUCGGUUCGUUCGAUGACGAGUUCCGGCAAGAAGCGGAGCGCCUACAGUUCGAUCUCCAGGGCGCGUGGCGCAUCAGUCAAGCGAAUGCGGACUUCAAGCUCUGCCCGUCCUAUCCACGGUUGCUGCUCGUACCGGCCUGCAUCUCGGACGACACGCUACAGAAUGUGGCUAGCUUUAGGAGCUCGAGGCGCAUCCCGGCCGUCGUGUGGCGUCAUCAGCGCACCGGUGCAGUGAUCGCCCGAUGCAGCCAGCCCGAAGUCGGUUGGCUUGGGUGGCGUAACUCAAAGGACGAGCAGCUUUUGAAAGCCCUCUCCGAUGCGUGUUCGUUCGACAAGGGCAGCCAGGAUCGGUCACAGCAACAGGAACGCUCGAGAAGAACCUCACAGCGUACUCGAAACAGUUCCGAGGCAUCCAGCGAAAGUAGCCCCCCGAGAAGUCCCGAGGGAAGCCACGAGGAGGUGGAGAUGGAUGAACCGAAGAAGAUCCUCAUCGUGGACGCCCGAUCGUACACGUCGGCGGUCACCAAUCGGGCACGGGGCGGUGGUUGCGAGUGUGCCGAGUACUACCCGAGCGCAGAGAUUCAGUUUAUGAGCCUCGGGAACAUACACGUGAUACGGAAGAGUUUCCACGCACUGAGACAACUUUGUGCGUCACAGGCGGACAUUCCAGGCUGGCUCGGAAUGUUGGAACGUACCGUUUGGUUGCAGCAUCUUUCCGGCCUGCUGGCAGCGUCGAUGGUUGUCUGCCAUGCGAUCGAGCGUAACGGGCGGCCGGUGUUGGUGCACUGUUCCGACGGUUGGGAUCGUACGCCGCAGAUCGUUGCCACGGCCCAGCUGUGCCUCGAUCCCUACUACCGCACGAUCGAUGGCUUCCGUGUGUUGGUCGAGCGGGAGUGGCUCAGCUUUGGACACAAGUUCGCCGAUCGCUGCGGUCACGGACCCGGGUCCGAUGAGGCGAACGAACGGUGUCCAGUGUUCCUGCAAUGGCUCGACUGUGUGCAUCAGAUUCAUCAACAGUUUCCGUGCAGUUUCGAGUUCGAUAUGGGCUACCUGAUUAAAUUGGCGCAACACUCUCACUCGUGCCUGUUCGGAACGUUCCUCUGCAACACGGUCAAGGAGCGGCAGGAGAACAGCGUUCCCGAUCGGACGUUCUCCGUGUGGCCGUUCCUGUCCGGGCCGAUCUACAAGAAUCACCUGUACGUGCCGAACCGCGAGCGGGUCCUCUGGCCGGCGCACAACGUGCGCGAUCUGCGCCUCUGGAGCGAAGUGUACCUGGGCAGCUGGGGUGGCAAUCAGCAGUGUGCCUCGGAUGCGGCCGAAUAUCCGCCCGCCAAUCCGGUCGGACACACCACCGAUACCACCGCCGUCGGGCCAGCAGCGGGCCGAAGGGGCGUCGAGGGUAGUAUCAUAACCGUGGGUGAACCGUCGGUGGUGGCCGUGGGUAGCAACGGUGGGGUGGCAGCUGCCGGGGGGCAGGAUUUAAACGGGUCCAUGACGAAAACACGCUCGUACAGUGAUAUCAAAGAGGCGACCAGUGGCGGUGCAAUGGCGCGCCGUUCCAGCGAUCCCAACAUGACCGUAGACUCAAGCAUUCUCGGUGGUCCAGUGCUCCAUCUAUCGCAGGAGGAGAGUUCCAUCGAUUCGAACCUAUCGUCCGAUCGGGAAAUUUCGCCCGAUCCUAUGCAACUCAACUCGACCGACGAACACCACUAUCAUCGGCUUCUGCUGCAGCAUCAUCUUCGGGGUGGCAACAACACCACCACCAGCCCCCAGCUGACCCUAGACUCCGGUGAUUCUUUUAUCCAGCACGCGACCGAGAAGCUGCAGCGGCUGACACAAGACUUGAACCAGGUGGACGUCGAGGAGCUCGAGGGUGGCGGCAACAAGAACCAGCCGCAGCAGCGACGCACCUGCAACGGUGACACGACCACCGGAACAACUGACACUUCCGUUCCAUCUAGUCUUUUCCUAAGUAACGGCAGUAGCGGUGGCGCUGGUGGUGCUGGUGGAGUGGACAGUUUAGUUGCCGCGGCAACAGCCACACUCAUUCCCACUGCGACCACCGACGUGCGUGCCCUGACCACGAUGGCCGGUGGAACACCGCCGGCGCACGAUCACACCGAUAGCUACCGGUUCCAACCGAUCGUCCCGGAACUUCCAACGGCGUCCGUACCGUUCGGUCAGCAGCGUAGCAGCUCCCCGGCACUACCCACCGAAGGGCAGAAGAACCAUCACCAACCAUUACACCAGCGACUAUCAGUGGAAGAUAUCGAUGAAAAUACCUCCCGGAUCAUCAAGAUCGAAAACUACCAAUCGACGGUGGUUGGUGGUGGGCCACGGAACGAUGUAUCCGACGGUGGUGGCGGUGGUGGUGGUGGUGGUGGCAUUCGUAACAUCAUUGGACGACCGAUCAUCACCGGGGACGAUCUUAUGAUGGAAAGUGUGGACCUAAGCGGCGUCGGCUGUGACGGUGUUGACGGAGGAAGCUUACUCGUCGGAACCGGAGUCGGUGAUAUGAACCUCUCCGGCUCCCAGAAUCGACUAAAUUCGUCCUCACCAUUGCCAAACGGUGGUCGAUCGUUCAGUCCUAACCUUUGGCACGGUUCGAUCGAAACCAGCACCGAUACGCUGGUGCCGAUGGACCAGUACGGACCGUCGGCGUCUUGUGCGUUCCCGCUAAGCCCACAUCACACUGGAAAUGCAGGCGUUAGUCGACCGGAAAAGCUACAAAUGAUGACGGACGAGGCAGCGGUGUACGAAAGGCGAAAGGAAGGAGCAGCCGACCAAGUGGCUGAAGAUGGUGGUGGUAGUAUUAGUAAACUAGUAGCCGUAGGAAACAGUGAUAGUAGCAGUCAGCUGGAAUUGUUGGUGGCGGUGAACGGGGGAUUGGGGAGGAUCGAACGGACGGGCGAUGAUAACAAGGACACCGCCGGUGGGGGAACAACAGUGGGAACCACUACCACAGCGCAGACUGGUGAUAGCAACGGAUGUGAUUUUACUAGUGAUAGUCAGGAUUACGAUAGGAAAUUAUCAAAUCAGCCAACGUCUACGUACACUGGCCGGGCAGCGUACGAUGUUCCCGAUGGGAUCGCAACCCGCGACACCCGUUCAACACCAAAGGAGCUUCUCGAUAAUCUACGUUCACGGCCACUGCAUCAGCAGCAGCAGCAGCCGGAAGUUUCCCCAUCCGUGCCGGAAAGUGAUCGUGGACCGCCUGCCUCGAUUGGUCAACACAACAACUGCAGCGUCAACUACAACAAGCUGAAAGCGAACAGUCUGGCGCGAACGACAUCCCCGCCGCCGCCCAUUACUAACAAUAUGCUCAGCUCGAUGAUGCUGAUGGACGAAAGCAUCAUCAUUCAGCCGCAGUUUCAGCAGCUCGAAAUCAACGGCAAACAGCCACAUUCCGGCACCGGAUGCACCGAUGCUGGCGAGCGGCUACAGAAGGAGCAGCAGCAAAGGAGACGGCGAAACUCGUCCCUUUCGAAGCACGAAGCACUCAUGAGUCCUAUCAAACCAACCAAUGGAAGUUUAUCCCCAAGUGCCACACACUCUCGGUUUUCGACGCCGGGCGUCCGCUCACUGCCACUGACACCACCGAGCACCGUACAGUUUGCGACGGAUCGGCCACCGGUUGCGACGUUCUCCUGCCCGGACGGGUUGGCCCAUGCCUUGUCCGAGCAAAACUUGCGCCUCCAGCAGAUUGUUUACGAGCAUCGGUUACGCGAGGAAGCGUUACAGCGCGAACUGUAUGCGACCCGGUUGGCUCUCAUGAAAAAAUCCUGCCAGCACUGUUGUGGUAGCAGCGUCCAGCAGCCGGACGGCAACGAUGAUCCGAUGAUCGAUUCGAUGAACGAAAACGCAUCCAACUGUUCCUGGGAGGCGGUGGAUGACCGCAGUGCGCCUUCGUCCGGUGCCAACUCAUCGCAGCAGAUGCAGUACAGCAGUGGCGUCGGUAGCAGCAGCGUCCUGUGGGUGCCAGACCAUGCCGUCACGCGCUGCACCACCUGUCAGACCGAGUUCUGGCUCGGCCUUCGCAAGCACCAUUGCCGUUCGUGCGGUCAAAUCUUCUGCGCAAACUGCUCCGAGUACUCGGCACACCUGCCGGACGAACGGCUAUACCAGCCGGUGCGAUUGUGCGGUCCCUGCUACCAGCGAAUAUCGUCGACCGUGGCCCCCGCCGUCAAUUCCACCACCAACACCAACACCUCUAGCUGCGCGCCGGGCACCGUUGCCAACGGAAGUGCCACCAGCUUAUACCGGGCGACCAGCAACAACAGUGCGAGCAAUCUGUCGCGAUCGGCCGGCAAUAAUCACCCCUCGGUGCAUUCGAUGAUGGCCGAAUGGAAGCACGAGGGCAACGCGCUCAGGGGCAGCUCAGAGCCGCCGCGGGUGAACGAAAGUUGCUGCAAGCAGAACGUCGCCGCAGCGGCAUCGAAUUAAUCCCAAGACACUCUGUCUCUCUCCGACUCCCUAAUUGCCCCCUGUUGUUUUUAAAAGGCAUCACCCAAAGGGAAUGUGCCCCAAAGUCAGCGUGGAUUGGUAUAACUUUUCCCCAACAUUAACCAACACAAACAAUUAUUUAUCAUCGUCACUAGACUGGCAAGUAAUCAUUUUCAUUGGAUAUAGAUUUUGUUAUACUAUGGCCCCUCCGCUCUGGAAUGUACAGAGCUCCAUCACAUGAUCGAUUACAUUUGAUUAUCUUUGUUAUUGUUUUUAUACGCCUACGUUCUUCACUAUUUAUUACUAUUAAAAAAGGAAGCUUACCGCUACUUUGCCCCUUUACGAUAAGAUGCUCCUGGACUGGACUGCGUUUCCUUAACAAUCGGUUUGGUUUUCACUGGAAUGAGCAAUCAAACAAAAAUCAGUGUAAAAGAAAAAAAAAGACUCGCAAACGAUAAUAUAUGUAUGUACAUUGCGGACUCAUUAUUACACAUUAAGCACGUGCGUUUGUCGACCUUUUUUCGAUUGAGUUUUUUUUUUAAUAUUUUGCCUUUUGUUUUAUCAACUUUGAAUGCGUUCAGCUAACGCUGUGUGAUUUGGUCAGAAACGGUUAGACUCUAUUUUUGCAAGUUAUGCAAUGUAGAGCAAAAACAUAGGGGAUUAAAGAAAGCUGGUCGUUAUCAAUUAUAACUUAUGUGGCAAUACAAAAAAUGGUGCACCUAUAUCUGGAGGAAUGAAAAUUAAAUAAUAUUAAAACCAAAAAUUGGAAACCUUUUAGGGAAAACGCAUUGAGAUCGUAAAAUUGACAAAAUCAACGGUAUUAGAACAUACAAUGAGAAAACUAUUCCUACGAGUGGCCCAACCUCCAAAUGUGGAAACAAACAAAAAUAGGCUCGAAACAAGCAAUUAUAAAUAAGAAAAAGGUAUAGUGUGGAAGCCACAAAAUCGCAAGAAAAAAAAACAAAAAACAAAAACACAAAAUAACAGAAAACACCAUCGAGAACACAAAGAAAAUGUAUACAUAGAUAAACGAAAACAGAGCAAUGCAAAUACACAUGGGAAGGAUAUAUCGUUUAAAAAUUGUAAUCAGCAUAGCUAACAAAUCAAAGGGUAGUUCUAAUAUCGCAGCCAAGUAGAACAAGAAAGCAAAAACAAAACUAGGUUUUGACGCAAAAAUCAACACAAGCAGCUAGAAACGAUUUCCUUCUUAGCUCCCAAUGGUACGCCCCUCGCUGCUGUGCAUGCUGCUAUCCAAAUAGUAAAAGAAAAAAAAACACACACAGUAGAUAAAAAGCAAAUAAUAGACGUACUGUAAGCAGUCUAUAA